AUGGGGGAGUGGAGUGGAGCGGGGUGGGGCGGAGUGGAGCGGGGCGGAGGGGGAGUGGAGCGGAGCGGAGUGGGGCGGAGUGGAGCGGAGCGGGGCGGAGCGGGGCGGAGCGGAGCGGGGUGGAGGGGGAGUGGAGUGGAGCGGAGUGGAGCGGGGUGGAGGGGGAGUGGAGUGGGGCGGAGUGGGGGGGAGUGGAGCGGGGUGGAGGGGGAGUGGAGUGGAGCGGAGUGGGGCGGAGUGGGGCGGAGGGGGAGUGGAGCGGGGUGGAGGGGGAGUGGAGUGGAGCGGAGUGGAGCGGAGUGGGGCGGAGGGGGAGUGGAGCGGGGUGGAGGGGGAGUGGAGUGGAGCGGAGUGGAGCGGGGUGGAGGGGGAGUGGAGUGGGGCGGAGUGGGGCGGAGGGGGGCGGAGGGGGAGUGGAGCGGGGUGGAGGGGGAGUGGGAGCGGGGAGGGGGAGUGGAGCGGGGCGGAGGGGAGUGGAGUGGAGCGGGGUGGAGGGGGAGUGGAGUGGAGCGGGGUGGAGCGGGGGUGGAGGGGGAGUGGAGUGGAGCGGAGUGGAGCGGAGUGGGCGGAAGUGGGGCGGAGUGGAGCGGGGUGGAGGGGGAGUGGAGUAGAGCGGAGUGGAGCGGGGUGGAGGGGGAGUGGAGUGGGGCGGAGGGGGAGUGGAGCGGGGUGGAGGGGGAGUGGAGCGGAGGGGGAGUGGAGCGGGGCGGAGUGGAGUGGAGGGGGAGUGGAGCGGGGCGGAGGGGGAGUGGAGUGGAGCGGGGCGGAGGGGGAGUGGAGUGGAGCGGGGUGGAGCGGGGUGGAGGGGGAGUGGAGCGGAGUGGGGCGGAGUGGGGCGGAGGGGGGUGGAGCGGGGUGGAGGGGGAGUGGAGCGGAGGGGGAGUGGAGCGGGGCGGGAGGGGGAGUGGAGUGGAGCGGGGUGGAGGGGGAGUGGAGUGGAGCGGGGUGGAGGGGGAGUGGAGCGGGGUGGAGGGGGAGCGGAGUGGAGCGGGGUGGAGCGGGGUGGAGCGGGGUGGAGGGGGAGCGGAGUGGAGCGGGGUGGAGGGGGAGUGGAGCGGGAAGGUGGCGGUGAAUGCACCUCAAGGCUGUUUGCCAACUGUCAUACCACAAUAG